AGUUGCAAUUGCUCCCUAGAAUCUCAUAUAACCUGACGUACUACGAGGACACAAAACUCUAUGUAUAUACGCGAUCAUGACAUACUUCCCAACUUGAGCCAGAACCCCCUUCCUCCUCAGUUCAAUAUCAUCCAGCGUUGAUUCCUUGCCUGACAACACUCACCCCACCCAUACAUAUCGGCCAGGAGGUUUUUCUUCUCGGCAUCAGCCGGAUAGGGUUACUAUGGUCGUUAAGUUAGAUGCGCACCAGACGUCCCUGGAGCCCUUCGGACUACCGUGGUCCUCGUGCCACACACGCCACCCAGACGGCAACCCCGGCCUAGGAAAUAGUACCAGGUAUCACUACUUGCGGAUCAGCGAGUCGGCGCCCAAUUCACCACCAGGCAUCGUCCGGGCUCUUAAGACCGAGGUCAGCAACGGUAGCGGGGAUGAUGGUAGCAGCGAAAGUAAGAGCCAGGAAUGUAUCAACCGCAGAAGUAUUGGCGUCAGCUCUUGCUUGCCGAAGAUUCAAAUAGAACCCCAGCCAUGUGGCUCUCGAAUAUCCGCUGCGGCGCUCUUGACGGAGAGCCGACCGAAGCCCAAGAAGGCGAACUCGUCCCCGGUAGUUUUGCAGUCGCAGUCCGGUUCUAGCGAGGAACGCCAGGAAGAGCACAGUAAUGAUGUACCACUGACACCCCGGGUCGAUUCGAUUCGACUCCCAAAAGCAACGACGUUAAACGCAGUAGUACCAAGGGGGGAAGAAAAGGAAAAAACGGUCUUUUGCUUCCCCCGCGACCUGUUCGUGCCUUCGUCCCAUACUUUCCGGCUCCCUAAGCGGGGCCGUGCGUUUCACGAUGUUGACGGACCCGGGACGAGUGGACUCUCGCGUAAGAAACGAAGGCUCCGGUUGCACCUUGUAACGAGCAGGCUCUCACAGCCAUAUUCAUGGCCGGCAACACAUAUUAUGAACCGCGAAAGCGGUGACGACUCACCUGUGCUCAGCCAAUUUCUCAAGUUCGCCGCUAUGGGCUCCUUGAAGAGAGCCGGUCAUCAAAGCGCGCUAAUCCGCAAAGCAGCUAUCCUUAAUAGAGUGAGGAUAGGUGUGCAGCAGGCCGCUGUGCUGAGAGGCCAUACAGUGAUUGCGGGGAUGGCAGCGAGUGGAAACUCGUUGAGUCAUGGCUUACAGCUGGUGACGACGUCGAACAACUCGAUGGGGGCAGGAUUCCCGGGUCUCGCACCUAACCCUUACGAUCAUCCAAUACCCCCAGCCUGGAGACCUCAUACAACGUUAUUUAGUCCGUCAAAUCCCAGUUCGACUCCUCCGGACCGGGGCAAUUCUGUGAAUCAAAAAGAAAGCUCUGAGAAUAGCAGUCCGAGUCUAGCAGCGGCCUGCUCAUCUCCGCCAGAGCGACCAAGUGUACAGUCUAACUCAAUAGACACAUCGCCACCAAUGGAAGAAGACGACGUGGCGUUUCCUUCUCCAGACCUUGAAACCCGAUAUGCGGAUUAUUCAGAUGAUGACCUAGACAAUGUAUAUGCUGAUUUUGGAGUAAUAUUUGGUUCCGGUGCGCGGUCGCCUGAAGAUGGUAAUGGAAAUAGUGAAACAUCUAGUGGCGAACACUUUUAUGAGGAACACUUGGAUGAGCUGGAUGGGAUACGAUGGAUAGCCUAAGACGUUGCAAGGAAUGUCUUAACUGUUAACGCCUUGUGUGAUAUGUGCUUCAGGGAAAUAUCAGAAAUUGGGCGUUCUAGUGGUUGGAGGGAGGCAAAAAGGCUACAUCGAGGUAUAUGGCAAUGGAAACAAGGGAAAGAAAGUAAGAAAAAAACAUCAAAUGCAUCGUCAUUAGGAAUAAAGACCUACUGCAGCCUCGCGGCAGCUUUAAAUGAUCGGAACUUGAAUAGUGAUUGAUAAGG